AUGCAUCUUAUCAGCAAAAUUUUAUACGUCUACGUCGCUUUACACGUCGCCUUCCAGGGCGCGUCCGGCGCAAUUCUCCGGGGACGAACUAGCGAUGCCGAUUCCAACCAGCUUUCAGCAACUGAUUUCCAAACUUUGAGCCAGGCCGCGGAAGAUCUGAACAGUCAGCUGGAUAACUUCUUGCGGAACUGGAACGGCGGUCACCGUAAACCCGAUAUCGUGGAAACUACAACAACCAUCGCCAAGCGGCAGGCCAGCGGCAUCUCGAUUUCUCCGCAAGACCUUCAAGAUCUUCUGAAGCUCAUCCAGUCCAUCGAGCGACAGUUGGCGGCGAUAAUCUCUGGCGGCACCACGGCUAGUGGAACCGCGGCACCGGCUCCUUCAAACACUGUCAACAACCCGGGGCCGGUUGCUUCGUCGCCAGUGCAGUCCAACGUCCAGCCCACCGCCACCGGCAAUGGUCCGGCCAACCCAGGUGUAAGUUCUCCUACCCCCAACCCCGUGCUGACGAACACAGGAGAUGGCGGGCCGCUUACCACGGCAUACGGAACGUCCGUCAUGACCGGUACGAGAUGCAAAACGACGGUCACUCAGACUUUCACCGAGUAUGUCUAUGAGGACGGGACAACGGCCGUGCCUCGGGCUGGCCGAUCAGUCGCGGAAGACGACGGGGCAGAUGACGAAGAGGAUGAAGAGCGUUGGGUCACUGCCACCAUGCCUCGAGACACUGAAGAAGACGACGACUGGGAGCCUUGGGUCGAGUUCGACGGGACAACCACUGAGCAAGACGAGUCCGAUGUGGGCUUCACGACGCGCGAUUCCUGGAUGGAACUGGGAGUCAAGCGUCGUGGUCCGCUGGACGAGACCAGUGGCCCUGGGCUCCUCUUUGUUCGCGACGAAGAGGGGAUUUGA